AUGUCAGGGAAAAGAAGAGGAAUUAAGCUCCAAGACUUGGAGGCGAUGUCCUGGUGGAAGUCCAAGUCGCACUUCAGCGCCGACAGCCAGGACUCGAGCUCCGACGACGCGUACCGCGGAGGCAAGGACCGCUCGCCGUCGCGUCGCAAGAAGUCCGACGAAGACGAGGAGGAGUACCGCCCAUACGCAGGCUACGGCGCCAACACCAACCGUGGCGGGGCCAACGAAGGCGGUGGCGGCUACAACGGUGGUUACGGCGGCGGGGGCGGCGGCUACAACAACGGCUACGGCGGCGGUGGCGGUGGCUCGUACAGCAACGGCAACGGCGGUAUCACGCCCUACAACGGCGGCGGUGGCGGCUACAACAGCAACUCUUCCUACGGCAACGGCGGCGGUGGCUACAACAACAACUCCUCCUACGGCAACGGCGGCGGCGACGGGUACAACAACGCUCCCAGCUGGGCUUCCCAGGACCCCGCCGGCCGGACUCCGAUGUACAUAAACACCAGGGAGGUCCACGUCUAUGGGGCGCCACAGAACGACGACGACUACAACGGCGACCAGAAGAGGCGUGGCGGCGGCGGCGGGGGCAGCGGGUUCUUCGGUCCGGCCUUCCAUGCGGUCGGCCAUUUCGUCGAUCGCAGGUUCGGCCUCGACGACAGGAACUGA